AUGAAAAAAUGGGAUGAUGAUUUUCGUAUGAAGAGCUAUGUUAAUAAAAUCCAGAAUGCAAAGUCUACAGUGCCAAGUAACCAAAAAAAACCAACGAAAAGUAUUUAUUGGAGAACAUUAUAAUAGAACAAAUAAAUAGGGAUACAGAAUUCAGUAGCCAUGCAUCAUAUCGAUCUGAUUUAACCGAUUUCAAGGAAAGCUUGUUGUUCAAGUAAGUGAAGGUUAUAUUAAUAAUAGAUAGUUAGUUGAAUACAAUUUAUAAUAAUACACAAAUAAAUUACUAUUGAGAGGCUAUAUUGGAGGGUUAUAAACAUUAGCCCAAUAACCAAUAGAAUCACAAAAUCUGGUAUUGCAAGAGAUUAGAUUGCUGCCUGGACAUAAAUAGAAAUUUUUCGAUUUGUUUAAAUAUUUAAACGAUCAUUAUGAUCCUCACAAUUAUAAUGGCCAAUCCUCCUUAACUCCAAUUAACAACAAAUAAAACAGAAAUACAAUGCCUGGAUAAUAGAAUUCUCAUGGUAAAUUUGAACAAACCAGAGAUACUUAUGUUGAAAUACUGAAACCUGUUAAUAGGCGUUCUUCUUUAAAACACUUCUCCCCUCUCUAAGAUAUAGGAGUAAUUAAACCUAGAGUUUUACCUAAAUUAGAGAAACACUCUAAUAAUGGUAACAAUGAAAAAAGUCCUUAAUUUAAUGAUACCUUAUCAAAAUAAUUAAUUCUCAAUUCAGAAACCAUUCAUGGAAGUUCAUUAUCAAUAACUAAAGAAAUCCAAAAACCAUUAUCAAAAACAAUUAAUCAUGCUGUCGUCAAAAUUAAAUAACCUAAAAAGAAGAAGUCUAUGAUUAAGUAAGGCACGGACAAAGAUAAUAAGUUAUUGAAGAAACUAUAAUAAAUCAAUUCAAAAAAUAGUAUUGGAACUGAAAUUCAUUUAUAGUAAGAUCAGAUUUAAUUGAUGUAUUAAUCAUUUGAUAAUGGAAAAUUAGCUUCAACCCUGAUCAAUAUUGAUAUUGAAGAGAUUAGCUAUUGUGUAGGAAUUACUCUCUAAAAAAUGAUUUCGAUUGUUGAUUUAGAGUAAUAGAGAUAUCUCGAAAAUGAAAUCUAAGAAAUUCAGCAAGCAAUUUUUAAAGAGUCUGAUUAAUAUCAGGAGGUAGAAUCCAGAGGUAAUAAUAUCUAAUGAUUGUGUAGAUAGAGAAAGAUAUAGUGAGGAUUGUCGAGAUGAAGAAAAUAAUGAUCAGACAGUCAAUAUGUCAAAGGUAGAUGAUACAAUUUGUUAAGAUUACCUAAGAGAAGCUAUAAUUGAGCCUGAAAUCACUGAUUAAUAUUAUGGUAACGAGGAUGUUGCCACUGAAUAAUUUUAGAAACUUGAUCAAAGUGAAUAAUCAAAACUAUAGACAGAGUAGGAACAAUAGGAAUACAUUUAAGAUUAAGAUAAUAAGUAUAUUAAAUUAAUUUAUUUAUUAGCGAUUAAAUUUCUAAAUCAUAUUUUUCAGUUGAUACCACAUAUAAUUUAGAUGAUUAUCUUUUGUUUAAUAAAGUUUUUGUUGAUAAAACUAUGUCUAAUUAUAUCCCAAAUGUUGACAUCAUAUAAAAUUAUUGUAAGAACAUAAUGACAACUACCAAAAUGGAAAGGGAAGUAGCAAUCAUCUCUAUGAUUUAUAUUAACAGAUUGCUCUCUUAUAAUUAGGGCUUAGAAAUUAAUUGUUUGAAUUGGCAGAAAAUAUUAUUUACAGCAUUAGUUAUGGCAUCAAAAAUUUGGGAUGAUGAGUCUUUUGAAAAUAAUAAUUUUGCUAAAGUACUGCCUCAAUUUUCUACUGUAUAAAUUAAUGAAAUGGAAAGAGUUUUCUUGAAAUUCAUAGAAUAUCAUCUCUAUGUUAAAUCUGGAGAAUAUGCUAAACAAUAUUUCAUCUUAAGAGCUUAUGCUGAUAAAAAACAAAGAAGUUAUGCUCUUAAAUAAUUAGAUAUCUCAACUGUUAUAAGAUUAUAAAGAGGAGGUUAAUAAUAAAUUUCAAAACAGUAAUAUUUAAAUACUUAAAACAAAAGCUUUUGA